CAUGCAGUCCUGUUCCAUGUUUUAUGUUUAACAAUGGGACUCUGACGUAAGCACGUAGGCACGUAAGAGGGAAAUAUAAAGCUAUGCCUGUAUGAUUGCGGGAAGCAUGUGUUUGAGUAAACAGCACGUUUGAUAACAACGUCUCCUGUGUCAGUAAUCUUUAAUCAGAGAAGAAGAUGUUACAACUUGGCGACGAGCGAUAAACAGAUCUGAACCCAAAGACAUAGCAAAGCUGGUUGGAUCACACGGACCGCAAAAAUGACGACUCUCCCACAUUUUCCGAUGUUCGAUUUCCACAACGAACCCAGCUCAGUCGGCUCGCGAUGGAAAAAAUGGCAGAGUCGAUUCGACAACUACCUACAAGCGUUCAACAUAGAAGACGAUAAACAAAAAAGAGCACUGUUACUACAUCAUGCGGGACCCGAGGUUUUCGACAUUUUUGACACGCUGCCAGAAACAGGAGAAGACUACGCUACUGCGGUGAGAAAGCUAGACGCUUAUUUCUGUCCUAAAGCCAAUCCAGAAUAUGAAACAUAUCUAUUCAGACAAGCAAAACAACACGGAGAUGAAACGUUAGAUGCAUAUCACACCAGAUUGAGACAGAUGGCAACAAAAUGCGAGUUUGUGAAUGUGGACAGAGAAAUCAAGUCACAAAUAAUUCUAAGCUGCAGUUCAUCGCGUCUCCGCAAGAUGGCACUACGUGACAGCACAAUGACGCUUCAACAACUACUAGACGCAGGGAGAGCUCAAGAAACAGCAGAUAAACAAGCAGCUGGCAUAGAAGAGAUACAUGCUUCCAAAUCAUUCGUAACACAUGCAAUUAGUAAAACAACUUUUAACAAACACAAGCAGAGAAAUUAUAAGACAAAGACUCUGUUUGAAAACAAGACAUGCAACAAUUGUGGAGGACACUUUCCACAUGAAGGUGGACAGAAAAACUGCCCAGCAAGAGGAAAAAUCUGCAAAGGCUGUGGAAAGCUAAAUCAUUUUCAAAAAUGCUGCAAGUCAACACGCUACACCACCAAUAACCCAAAUCCAUCUAAGCACAAAUUUCAAAAGGUAAACGCUAUGCAUACAGAUGAGACGACACACAAAACAGGCACCACAGCAUCAACAAGUUCAGAUGAAGACUAUGUAUAUGUCAUACACACAGUUCAACAUUCACAACAACCUCAGUCACAAAUAGAGAUCGCAGGAGUGCCAGUAAAGGUCAUCAUUGAUUCCGGCGCAAGCGUAAAUAUAGUUGAUGCCACUGCAUAUCACAAACUAAAACGCAACAUAACAAUAAAUGCAUCUGAUGCAAAGAUUUUUGCAUAUGGCUCUUCCACCCCACUUCCACUAAAAGGAAAAUUUCAAGCCAAAAUUAACUCCAACAACAAAGACACAGUAGCCACAUUCUACGUAAUUGAAGGUCAAUCCGGUUCUCUGCUGAGUUACAGCACUGCGACAGAACUUGGAAUUCUUAAAGUAAUCAGCACAGUGUCUAAUCAACCAGCUGAAAUUCCCACUGUAAAUCAACUACUAAAUGAGUACGAAGACCUUUUUCAAGGCAUUGGAAAGCUGAAAGACCUUCAAGUAAAAUUACACAUAGAUGAGUCUGUAAAGCCAGUCGUGCAACCGCACAGACGAAUUCCGUUCCAUAUCAGAAAGACAGUGGAACAUGAACUUGAAAAGCUUGAAAAACAAGGCAUCAUCGAAAAGGUCAGUGGUCCAACGCCCUGGGUAUCACCCAUAGUUGUGACACCGAAACCCAAAAAUCCUGACAGUGUGCGCUUAUGCGUGGACAUGCGACUGCCCAAUCGCGCCAUUCAAAGAGAACGUCAUAUCACCCCGACAGUGGGUGAUCUGAUCCAUGAUCUAAAUGGAGCUGUAUGUUUCACAAAACUGGAUUUGAAUGCUGGAUAUCAUCAGCUCGAAUUACAUCCAGACUCUAGAUACAUAACAACAUUUACAACUCAUGUAGGGCUCUGGAGGUACACUCGUUUGAAUUUUGGUAUUAGUUCAGCUGCCGAGGUGUUCCAAAAUACAAUUCAGCAAGUCCUGCACGGCAUCCCAAAUGUCAGAAACAUGAGUGACGACAUCAUAGUCUAUGGAAAAACACAGGAUGAACACAACGCCAGUCUGCAAGCCGUAUUCAACAGACUCAGAGAGAAAAACCUCACCCUCAACAAAGACAAAUGUGAGUACAGCAAGAACAAAUUAGACUUCUUCGGAUAUGUGUUCUCAGAUAAAGGAAUUUCUGCAGAUCCGGAAAAGAUAAAAGCCAUCGAGAAUCUUUCAGCCCCACAGAACGUGUCUGAACUGCGCAGUCUGCUUGGAAUGACCACAUACUGUUCACGUUUCAUUCAGGACUACGCAACGACCACACAACCACUGCGUGAACUCACUCGUAAAGAUCACACUUGGAACUGGGGACCAGAACAACAAGCAGCACUCGAAAAGCUGAAAUCUCAACUUAUCCAGAAUGCUACAAUGUCAUACUUUGAUCCACAGAAGACAUCAACACUUCUCGUUGAUGCAAGCCCAGUUGGUCUUGGGGCGAUAUUAAGUCAGCCGAACACAGACAGUUCCAGUGACAAAAUAAUUGCGUAUGCCAGCAGAGCGCUUACUUCUGUAGAACAACGCUAUUCACAAACAGAAAGGGAAGCUCUAGCAAUAGUCUGGGCAUGCGAACACUUCCACUUAUAUCUGUAUGGUUCACACUUCACGGUCAUCACAGACCAUAAACCACUGGAGCUUAUUUUCAAUAACCCCCGAGCAUCUCCACCAGCCAGGCUUGAACGCUGGAGGCUGAGAUUGCAACAAUACACAUUCACAGUCCAGUACAGAGCAGGAAAAAGCAACCCUGCUGACUACAUGUCGAGACAUCCUGUGGACGGACAACACACAGAAAACUGUUCAGAAAGAGCAGAAAGCUACAUCAAUUUUAUAAUUGACAACACAGUUCCAAAAGCAAUGACCCUAGAUGAAGUACGACACGAAACUGGAAAAGACCCUGUCCUACAGACAGUGAUAAAAGAACUAAAAGGAAAAGCCUGGACACAUUUGAAGCAGUCCAUGUCAGACGUGGAAAACGCAAAGCUAAAAGCCUUUUAUAAACUGAGAAAUGAGCUCACAGUUAAUGCAUCACAGGACAUUGUCCUCAGGGGAAACAGACUUACCUUGCCUACCUCUCUAUACCAAAAAGCCAUUCAACUUGCACAUGUGGGACAUAUGGGGAUCGUGAAGACCAAACAGCUGAUAAGAGAAAAAGUAUGGUUCCCUUUCAAAGUGGAGAAAGCGGUGCAAGGAUGUAUUCCAUGUCAAGCAGCCACACUCCAACAUCAUACAGAACCCCUUAAAAUGACCAACCUGCCAGAAGAACCGUGGUUGGAAGUCUCAGUGGAUUUUACUGGCCCUUUUCCAUCUGGUGAGUACCUGCUGGUAGUAGUUGAUGAUCACUCCAGAUAUCCAGAAGUGGAGAUAGUCAAGUCUACAGCAGCCAGUGCCGUAAUUCCCAAACUGGACAAGAUAUUCUCAACUUUUGGCAUACCCAAAAUAGUCAAAACUGACAAUGGCCCACUAUUCAACAGUCACAGUUUUGCGGAUUUCAGCUCGUAUCUUGGGUUCAAACAUAGAAAAGUAACCCCGUACUGGCCCAAAGCAAACGGAGAAGCCGAGAGGUUUAUGCGAACACUCAAAAAGACUGUCAUGACCACAAAUGCAGAAGCUGAGCAGAAUGAAACCUCUGAUGAGGAAGAUAACAUCAAAGCACCAAGUCCAGAUGAGUUCCAGGACAAUGUGCCACAAAGCACACAGGACAUAAACACUGAUCAGAGACACUCUGAACCAUGGUAA